AUGUUUAUGGUUCUGCUUAUGAAUCAGAAACUUUACAUCGAAUCAAUGAUUUACCAGACAUUGGAUCUUUAUCUUGACAGCUAUUUGACUCCAGAAAGAUGCGACAGGAAAUCUAUUCCUCAAUCUGAAGAUGGAUUUCCUUCCCUGUGGAAAGAUGGCACUUGCAAACUAGAUGAGUUUAUAAGGAAAAAUGCGGAAGCCAUCUAUGCUGCAAAUCUGAACCUUCUUGCAUUUUCUGGGCAAAAACUACGUGGUGAACGGCUGGUCUUGAUGGUUUGGAAAUCACCAGUAUGUAGUUGGGCGGCCUAA